AUGUAAUUAAAGCAAUUAAAUUAACUCUUGUAGAUUUAAAAAAACUAAGUUAGAAUUGAUGAGAAAUAUGUCAAUGAAUAUAAGAAUCCUUAUUUUAUUGAAGAGCAGAAAGAAUUCUCUUUAGACUAGGAGCAAAACAAAAUUGAAAAGGAAAAGCCCAAGUCUUGGCUAGGGAGAUUCAAAUCUAAGGCUAGAUUUUUCCGUUACCCCUCUCAUCCUCCUGAAUAAGCUACAUUAUAAUAGUUAGCAUCUAAAGAUAUUUAACCUAGCGAUUCUGUUUAAAGUAGAGGUAUGAUAAACAGAUUAUCAUAAAUGGGUAAAAAUCUUUGGUAUGGUGCAUCAAAACUAUCCUAUGAGGAGUAUAGUGAUUAAGAGGAGUUGCAUCAGUACUACUAAGACAAUGAUGAUGAUAUUGAUUAGUUAAAAGUAAAAGAUUACAUAACAAUUUCAAAAGAUAAAAUAAUCAAGACAGAGGCUUAUUAUUUCACUAAGCUGACUUAAGUCAAGGGGUAUCUAACCAUCAAUCACUCAUUUAUGCAGUUUGAUCCUAUAGAAUCUGAUGAAAACGAUAUUGAUAUUAGUGACAUAGAGCUGCUUAAACUCGUUAAUGAAAAGGUGCUUCACAUUAAUAACGAGUAUAUUCAGUCUGCCUAUCAAUAUGAAUAUCUUCUUCAAUUUAACUUGACAACAUUAAAUGGUAUGACCCUUAGAGAAACAAAAGCAGUCUUGCACAAGAAAGGCUUCAGAAGGGAAAUUCAGCCAAUGGCAAAUAUAUUUAUUAAGAUAGUUAAUGAUAAAGUCAGAUCUGUUAAUUAUUUGUAGCUUUUGAAUAAAAACUCUCCAGGCAUUUAACUUAUAAAAUUCAUCCCCAACAAAAGUGAACCAUCUGAAUUUUUAACUGAUUAAUAAAUAAGUAACUUGAUUGAAGAAUUGCCAUCAAUGAUACAGGGAAAUGAUUGGACAUUGGUAUACUCUCUCAACAGAGAUGGAGUGUCCUAAAAAACAUUCCUUGAAAAAUCAAAGAAAUGGAAGCAUACCAUAUUAGUGAUACAAGAUACUAAUGACUGGGCAUUUGGAGCAUAUUGUACAGAGAAUUGGCAUGAAGCAACUAAGUUCUACGGCACAGGGGAGAAUUUUCUAUUCACCUUUAAAAAAUCAAACAAGCCAAUCGUUUACAGAUGGUCAGGCUAAGAUGAUUAAUUGUAAUGGGCAAGUGAUGAUGUGAUUGGCAUUGGAGGUGGUGUUCACGGCAGAUUUGGGAUAUUUUUACAAGAUAACUUUCUUAAAGGUAGUAGCUAGGUAACAACUACUUUUGAAAAUGAAAUCUUAUCAGAGAAAGAGGACUUUAUUUGUACAAAUCUUGAAUUAUGGGGACUUGAAUGA